UCAUCGGCCUAGUGCCGAGGGGGUCUAUCUGUUCGCCCGCUAUCUCGUCCGCGAGGCCGUGCCGUGCGUCACGCACCCCCGAGCCAUAAGAGCUGGCCGACGGCGCUGGACACCGGAUCAGUCGCUGCGCAGAUCCGUCCGCCGCCGCUGCCGUGUCCUCUUCCGCCCGCCGCCAUUGUCGCCGCCGUCUCCGUCACGGAAGGCCGCCGCCCCUGUAUGAUCUCGAGCACCGCUGCCGCUCGCGUUGACACCGUCCACCUGUUGCUCUUCGACUCGUGUCUCGCAUGCCACAAGAUGUCAGCCUUCCCACAAGGCAUGCAUGCUGCAUACAAAGUGCGUAGCAACUUGCAGAAGUACGAGUCAAUGACCAAGGCAGAUCGACAGUCAUCAUUCAGCAGCUCUAGUACAGAUAACUCAGGCAGUGGGAACUAUCCUCACAUGGAAAAUAAAUUUAUGGAAGAGUUGCCCACUAAAUAUAACGACAAGUUGAUGAAGAGUAUCUGGGGUUUCUAUAACAGAUAUUCUGUUCACAACCUGAAGACAAUUGAGGAUGGAAAUGUCAGCAAGAGCCAGCAGUAGUUAAUGACUGCUGGCUCUGGAGGGCAAUGGGCAGGCAGCCCCCAGCUCUCUAGUAAUGGGGACACUAUGUGGUUCACACAAUGGACCUAACGUGUAGCUGACACCAGAGGAGGUCCUGUCUCCACGAUAUGCAUUACUUCAGUAUAAUUUUGAGGGAAAUUAAUUAAUUUUUAUUAAACAUGAAACACAUCUGUAAUGAUGUGGAUCACUAGUCUUCCACUAACUAUGUGUGUAGUUGAAUAGGUGUAGUUGUGUAGGUAAUUUUCCAAGAAAUAUAUUUUAAAGUAAUAAUAGAAGUUCCAAAUGAAAAGAUUGGAAGAAUGUGAUAUUUUACUUAUGUGUUAUAAUAUUUUAAGAAAAUAUAAUCAAUGUCUUAUAUUUAUAGGUAACAAUGUAAAAUAAUUUAUGUUAAAGGAAAUAAAAAAUAACA